AUGGGACUCAACUUCAAGUUUUCGGACCUUUACAGGGUACCAGAUGUCAAUCCAGUCAAUAGAAAGGCGCGAUCCGUACCGGCCCUCAACCCGAUCAACAUGUACGGACGCGUGUUUUUCUUCUCCUGGUUCGGAUUCAUGAUAGCAUUCUGGGCUUGGUACACGUUUCCACCACUGUUGACGCAUACCAUCAAGGCCGACUUGAAGUUGACGCCUGCUCAAGUAGCAAACUCGAACAUUGUGUCCCUAUGCGCCACACUUCUCGUCCGUGUCGUCGCUGGUCCGCUAUGUGAUCAAUUUGGACCUCGCUUGGUCUUUGGUGGACUUCUACUGCUAGGAUCCAUUCCCAUGGGCUUGGCUCCUCUCGUGCAAAACGCCAGUGGUCUAUAUGCCAGCCGCUUUUUCAUCGGUAUCCUAGGCGGCUCCUUCGUGCCUUGUCAAGUUUGGUCUACUGGCUUCUUCGACAAGAAUAUCGUCGGUACAGCAAAUGCCUUUACUGGUGGCUGGGGCAAUGCUGGCGGUGGCAUCACCUACUUUAUUAUGCCUGCUGUCUUCGAUUCCUUCGUUGCUCAUGGCCAUAGCCCGGAUAAAGCUUGGCGGCUGACCUUCAUCGUUCCCUUGAUCAUGGUCAUUGCAACUGGUGUCGGCCUGCUUCUCCUUUGCCCAGACACUCCAGUCGGGAAGUGGAGUGAGCGUAAGACCCACGUACAAGAGAACCUUCAGGCCCAUGGUGUCCUCGAGAACCCACUUGUGGAUGUCCCUGGAAGCAUCGCGGAGAAGCCGCCAUCAGAGCGUGACACUGGGACUACAAUGGAAGAGCAGGACAAAAAGCCUGUGUACGGUGACCAUGAGGCACCAAUCCCCAGAGAAGAGAUGCUUCAGGCUGCUCGAGGCGAAGUUGUCGUGAAACCUACAACAAAAGAGGCAUUGCAAGUCUCUAUCUCGCCACAAACCUGGGUCCAUAUCUUGACCUAUUCCUGCUCGUUCGGCGCCGAACUUGCCAUUAACGCCAUCCUUGCGAGCUACUACCUAAAGAACUUUCCAAAGCUCGGUCAGACCGAGUCCGCAAACUGGGCAGCCAUGUUCGGCUUCCUGAACGUCGUUACCCGCCCACUUGGUGGAAUCAUCGCCGAUCUCCUAUAUAACCUGGGUGGACACAACCUCUGGCUGAAGAAAGGCUGGAUCCACGUAUGUGGAAUCCUGACUGGUCUCUUCCUUAUCAUCAUUGGCAAGGUCAACCCUAAAGACUCGAGCACCUUCUCCGGACUUAUUGCUCUGAUGGCCAUCUUCCUCGAAGCCGGCAAUGGCGCAAACUUUGCCCUGGUGCCUCACGUCCACCCCUUUGCUAACGGCAUUGUCUCGGGUCUCACUGGCGCUGGUGGCAACCUUGGCGGUGUCAUCUUCGCCAUCAUCUUCCGCUUUAUGGACAACGGGACCAACUACGCAAAGGCAUUCUGGGUCAUUGGCUGCAUUCAUAUCGGGCUGAACGUUCUCGUCUGCUGGAUCCCGCCUCUGCCUCGUGGCCAGAUUGGUGGUCGCUAA